AUAUCUUUGAAAGAACUUCAGAAAAGAAGAAACAGAAAAAUGCAACAAGCAUCUGCAUUCUAAUUAACCUAACAAAUAUCUUCUCAAUCAGAAUUAGAUUGACCAAUUUGGUACGAAUUGGUAAAAGCAGAUACAAAGGACUUUUAUGUGGUGAUUGCUGCAAGCAAAUCCAUAGCAACUUAUUCCAAAGGACUUCCUUCACGCCAUUGCAAUCCAAUUUUUAUACAAUACAAUAAUUCAAAUUCCAAAACCCGUUGUAUAUAUAUAUAUAUCUCCCAUUUUGGACACUCUUUUGGACAUACUAGGUUGGUUUAUUACAACAAGAAGGAAAAGAAAAACAAUGGGAAUUAGUUGGUGGUCACAUAUCCUCCUCCUUAUCAUCUUCUUCCUUGUACAAUCAAUUGCAUCGCCAGAAUAUACCCGCCAACCUCCUCGUCCUAUUAUCUUCUCUCCACAUCAGCGGUCGGAUUCUGACCCACAACAGGUCCAUAUAUCAUUGGUAGGGAAAGAUCACAUGAGGGUGUCAUGGGUGACCUCCGAUAAGCACGUGCCGUCGGUGGUGGAAUACGGGAAGGUGUCCGGGAGAUACGAAGCAUCAGCCACCGGAGAGCACACGUCGUACCAUUACUUCUUCUACAGCUCCGACAACAUCCACCACGUCAAGAUAGGACCAUUGGAACCAAGCACAACGUAUUACUACAGGUGUGGUGGUGGUGGUGGUGGCCCGGAGUUUAGCUUCAGAACACCUCCUUCAACCUUGCCAAUUGAGUUUGCCAUUGUCGGGGAUUUGGGACAGACCGAAUGGACUGCGUCGACCUUGGCACAUAUUGGUGCAAAGGACUAUGAUGUACUUCUGUUGCCCGGCGAUCUAUCUUACGCGGACACAAAUCAGCCACUGUGGGACACAUUUGGGCGCCUUGUGGAGCCAUAUGCGAGCGCUCGGCCGUGGAUGGUGACCGAAGGCAACCACGAAAUAGAGACCUUCCCAAUCAUCUACCCUCAUGGCUUCAAGGCCUACAAUGCCAGGUGGCCAAUGCCAUUCCAGGAGAGUGGGUCCACAUCAAACCUAUACUACUCGUUCGAUGUUGCCGGGACCCACAUUGUCAUGUUGGGAUCUUACACGGACUUUGAUGCCAGCUCGGAUCAGUACAAGUGGCUAGAGGCUGACUUGGCGAAAGUUGAUAGGAAGAAGACACCUUGGCUUCUGGUGCUCCUUCACGCGCCAUGGUACAAUUCAAAUUUGGCUCACAAAGGGGAAGGAGAGGGGAUGAGGAAAGCUAUGGAAGCAAUGUUGUACAAGGCACGAGUUGACAUUGUCUUUACAGGACAUGUUCACGCAUAUGAAAGAUUCACUAGGGUUUACGACAACAAGGCUGAUCCAUGUGGUCCAGUACAUGUGACCAUUGGUGAUGGAGGGAAUAGAGAAGGGCUUGCCUUGGCGUUUGAGGAGCCUAGUCCAUCGAUUUCACUCUAUCGUGAGCCAAGCUUCGGACAUGGCAGGCUGAGGAUUCUAAACCAGACUCAUGCGCAUUGGUCAUGGCAUCGGAACAACGACUCGGACUCAGUUGUGGCAGAUGAGGUCUGGUUAGACACACUAAGCUCCUCUAAAAAAUGCAUGCAAAGUGUGGAAGAUCAGCAAGCACCAAUACCAUCUCAUACCGAUGAACUUUAAGCUUAUAAUAAUAUAAACACAAAUCACUUGGUUAUUUUUUGGGCUAGCUAGUUUUCAGUGCAGUUUCAGUGUAUUCAUGCUCUAAUUACAAUUUAAAGAUGGAUAUUGUAUACUUACAUUCUUUGCAUCGUGGAGUGAAACUGUGGAAGGUUCAGGUUUGUAAUA